AUGACCCAGCCCCUCGAUAGAAAAGAGGAUCCGCUUAACCUGGGCCACGGGGGGGCGUCCUCUGGCCCAUUAAGCACCUGGUCUUCCUGCCAUCGAAGGCGCAGGGGCGCUCCGGUUUACAGGCAGUGGCAUCGCUAUGGUCCCAAGGCCGAGUAUGAGCCCCCGAGGAAACAGCGGAAGCAACAGCACGGCUCAGGACCUUGGUUCCAGCCACCCAGAUGUCCCUCUUGGGCCGUGUAUUCUAAUUAGGGGCGCUGGGGAGGGCCCUGGCACCCACCUCUGGAGGGAUUCCAGAAGCCCCCUGGCCGCGUGCAAGUGAUCCGGGUGUACGGCCUGCACCCAUUCUGCCUUUGCUGCUGCUCCUGCUGGCGCGGGCCCUGUAACCCCGGCUGGGCGAGGCCCCCGGCCAGGAAGAAGCACUGGGGCCGCCAGGGCCGCGGCCUGCGCUGCGACCCUCGCCGCUCCUUCCAGAGGAGCCCUUCAGAGGAUCUGAGCACGCUGCUGCGGCCGGUCAACCUGUGCAGGUGUUGGGAACCCGGCCUGCGGGCACCGCGGAACACCACCCAGUUCAUCAUGAACCAUAUCUACGAGGAUAUGCGGCAGCAGGAGGCACUGCGGGCCCAGCAGCCCCAGGCGGGCGGCACCGCAUCCGCGGCCGGCUCCUUCGGAAACGAUGCGCCCCCCAGCGGUGGCGAGGAAGAUGCGGAGCUGCGGGCAACUUUGUAUAGCUUUGGGCAGAAUCCCUCUCUAGCCUUCAGUCCGGACCCGGAUGAGGAAAACCAGUCUCCAAGCCCACAGCCGGUAGAGGAAGAGGAGAGAAAUGAGGAGGAGGAGAAGUGUGGCGAGGAGGACUGUGACUGCAAGGAGUUGGAGAGCGAGGAGGAGGACGCAGAGGCAGAGGCCAAGGACGAAGAGAAGGCCGAAGAGCCUGACUCCGUGGAGGAGGGGGCGGAGGGGGCGGAAGGGGUGGAGGGGGCGGAGCAUGCAGAGGAAGGGGAGGGGCUGGAGGAGGAAGAGCAGAGGGAGGAAGAGAACCGUUUGCCUCUGGAAAUGCCUUUAUCAACCCUAGUGGGGGCUGAGGAAGAGACAGAGAACUUUAUAAACUGUACUUAUUUAAACCCCAAACAGAUAAUUCCCAAAGUGCCACAGGAAGCUGACCUCAUGGUACAGGACAUUCACUGUUAG